UAAUUAAAUGAAUGGUGAACGAGUGAAACAGGGAUACGUUCGAGUGGAAAUUAUUGAAAGCGGCUGCCUAGGCCAGUCGCCAUGUAGAUUUUUUUGAUGUGGGUGUUGUGUCUCAGGAUGUCGAGCGCUUCAAUGAUUACUAUUUUCAAGUGGACGUUUUGAAUUUUGUGUAUAUCGUCAUCUAAACGAUUCGUGGUGUUACAGUGUUAGUGGACAAUAUUAUUUCUUUGUGCUCGCGAACGAUUCGGUUCAGUGACGGCGGAUAAUCUCUGGAGGGGGGCUGCUAAAAUACUACAAUAGGAUAGUAACAACGUUUUACAACUCGCUAGAAGUGUUCGGAGCGCCCAUAAAAUUUCUCAUAUCGGUGCGGGCGAGGCGGACUUCCAUUUUGUUUUAUUAUGAGGUUUCGUUGUUUACUCGGUGCGUCCACGACAAUGGAAAGAGACGGAUCGCGGCCACAAUGACUGGGCAGUAGGCGGGCAUGCAGCGAGCCGUCGCGGGCGGCGCUCCGCAGCCGCAGCCCUCCGCCGCCGCCCCCGCGCACCCCCGGCGUCUCCCGCUCUACGCGGACAUUGACGACCAGAUACCCGCGUCAGUGAUCAGUAGCGUGGGCACAGUGAGCCUGUCCCAGGCCUCCUGCCCCACCGCCCUCACCAUGGCCAACCCCACCAACCCCGGCACCGCCAGCAGCGGCCAGGCGCAGCCGGCGCAGGCCUCGCGCCUCCCCAAGAAACGCAAGUUCGACCCCUCCGAACUCGAAGAGAUGGAGCGGACUUGCUCGAACAACGUCAACAACGUCGUCGUCUCCGCUCCUCAGGAAUACCAUCCCCAGAUAUACCCUCCGCCUAUGCAGCCUUCCCCGAUCCAGCCGUCGCCGCCGCAAGACAUGAAGUUCUCUAUGUAUCCGAACAUUGACUUGUCCGAAUGGAGGGACCAUAGAGUCUUAGCCAAGCAGCAUAGACUGUACAUCCCUGGGGUCAUAAGACAGGCGGAAGGCUGCAAGGUGGUCGUGGAACUAGACGGUCAGGAGCAGAGUCCGAUAGUGUACAACGACAUAUUCGGGGCCAACAAGUACGACGUGAUUAGCGACGCGAGCCCGUUGCUGAACCACCUGCUGAUAGGGUCGCCAUGCGUGGUGCGGACCACGGACCCGAGCCGGGAGAGUGUGCAAAACGUUUUUGUGGAAGGACUUGUUGUGGAAGUGCUUAGCUCGCCGAUUAGGAUAAGGGUUAAGCAGGUAGACGGCAUCUGCAAGGAAGCUGUGGAGGUGAAGCGAGCGGACAUCAGACUGCUGCAACCCCCCUGGGCCGACGAGCUCGAAGACGCAGGCUCUCACGCGGCCACCAUGCAUUCGCAGCGAGUGUUGGUACCCAUGCAGAUGAGCGAAAACUUCUACACAUCGUCGCCGCUCGGCGCCGGGCCCGUAGUCACAGUAGGGGCCCUCUCUAACGGCUCAAUGGAUGAGCUUCGCAAGAGGCCCUUCGAUGACUACUGUGAGAGCGACGACGAACUACGUAGGGAAGAUAUUAUGUUCCCCGACCAGGCGCAUAUGGACUGCAGUAACAGCAAACGCAGCAGCCUGCAGAGUCGAGGCAGCACCUCGAGUCUGCUCGAACGCAGCAUCACACCACGAUCUCAACCCCCCACUCCCAGAUCUCAAGCGGCAACCCCGCACAAAUACAAGAAAGGCGAUGUCGUGUCGACCCCAACCGGCAUCAGAAAGAAGUUCAAUGGAAAACAGUGGCGACGGCUUUGCUCCAAAGAUGGUUGUUCCAAGGAAAGCCAACGCCGAGGCUUUUGCUCGAGGCAUCUGUCUUUGCGAGGCGUGGCAAGGUCAUCAAAUACGCCUCUGGCACAAGGAUCAGCGCAGCAAAGAAGCAGCAGUAAAUCCCUCUCAUCCAGUGGCACUGGUGUAGAAGGCGACGAGACGUCUCGCGAGUCCGACACCACUCCGCCAAGCUAUCGACACGUCGCUGGGCGAUUUGACCCGGACGAAACCGAGGCUGCCAACAUGCUGGUGUCGUUAGGCAGCUCCCGGUCCGGCAGUCCGGGCGCGUCUCCGUCCGGCUCUCCUGCCGGCACGGCGCUGCGCAGCAACGUGUUCGUGCCGAUAUCCUCACCGCAGCCGCCUAGAGCGCUGCCGCACCAGACUCCCAUGUACCCGCACCUCAUCAGGCCCGAACUGGUCCGGCCGGGCAGAGUGAGUCCGCCCGUCAACAGCGUGGCCACCAGCGUCAUACGAGUAUCGCCGGCCCCUACUUACCAUUACCAGGUCGAAAACCGCAACGGCACAACCACCAUCCAAACGAACAGCAUCAGCCAACCCAACGUGAUCGGCGUCCAAACCUCCACCCUCAACAUCCAGAACUCCAUACCAAACCUCACCUCAACGCCCCUCACGCUGCCCUCCAGCAUAUCGCUCAACCUGAGCUCGCUCAACGGACAGAGUCUACAGAACAGCAUAGCCAACACCAUCAGAACAGCCAAGCUAGACGAGAUACCACACAACUUGGUUAUGCAUCGGACUAUACCCACGUCCAAUGGGAUAGAUUUAGAGCAUAUAUAUCGCGCUCAACCGAUGCCUAUGAGGAAUGGCAUACAUGAUUAUAGGCGGGAGGAGUCACCUACUAUGAACAAUCAUGUCAAUUUUGUGAGGAAUUAUGAGGAGGAAGAUCAGCGAGAACACGUGCGUCUGGAGGCCCGGCCCGAAACGACCGAGGCGCGACUCGUGAAGCCAGCGCCGCUACAAGCCAGGCUGUACGUCAUACCGCAGGCCACCAACGAGAAGAAAUUCGUCUUUAUAAAAAACGAACCCGCUGAGACUGUUCAGAUUGAACAGAAAACGCAUCAGUUAGCGCAACAGAUGAACAUAAACAUCAACAACAAUGACUCUGAUCACGACCAGCACAGGGCUUUGGAUAACGGGGACCAUCAGAUGAACAACGGCAACGGCAGCGCGGUGAUCGUGCGGCCCAGCCAAUUGCUGCCCGUGCUGCCGCCGCCCACGCCGCACACACACAUCAUAGUGUCAACGAGCGGCGUCAGCGGCGGAGUGUUUCCAUGGCAAUCGUUAGUACCACUCCUGACGGCGUCGUCGCCGCCCGCGCCCGCCAGCCCGCGCACGCCGCGCACGCCGCACACGCCGCACACGCCGCAUACUCCACAUACUCCUCAUACGCCGCACACGCCACAUAUCAAGCAGGAGGAGAUCAAAACUGAGGGUGUGGACGGCAUUACUGCCAUGUGCACAGAAGAAGACGAGGAGGUAUUCGACUGCGACGAGCCAAGCGGUGGGGACGACAGCAGCAAGCGACGCUCUCACAGCCUAUCUUCGCUGUCCGCGGCCGGCCCGCAAGAAAAGAAAGAGCACAACCGCAUCCGUCGACCAAUGAACGCCUUCAUGAUAUUCUCGAAGCGUCACCGUCAAAUGGUGCACCAACGGCAUCCUAACCAGGACAACCGCACCGUCAGCAAGAUCCUAGGCGAGUGGUGGUACGCGCUCAAACCUGAGGAGAAGCAGAAAUACCACGAACUGGCCAGCGAGGUGAAGGAAGCGCAUUUCAAAGCUCACCCUGAAUGGAAAUGGUGCAACAAGGACCGAAGAAAGUCCUCCAGCAGUCGAGACCCCACGGGGUCCAUGCCGCAGAGCCCGCGGACCCCUUCAGAGGGUCCCAACGCCAGCAGCGCCUCAGACUUGCCCGUCACGGUGGCUUCAUUUAACCAUGCUAGCUCACCACAACUUAGUGAUGAAGAGAAGAUAACCGCCUCGAUCUGCGAGGAAGCCGCAGCCGCGGCCCACAACGCCGAAAUGGAUCUAAAAUGCGGCGAGAGGGUCACCGACUCGGACUCCGACACGCACGAGCCGCGCGACUACCUCAAGCACCGCGACACGAGGCGGCCCAAGCCCAUCAAGGCCAGAGCUGGCUCAUCUGACAAUCUACUCGGCGGUAUAACGGCAUCAAGUCCCGGAGGAUCUAAAGUGUUCCAGCCUACUGGUGGAGCUUUCAAGUCAACACAUGCUGACUCAGAGAGCCACCGGCAAUGGAACGCGUACGCGCACAACAAGAUGAACCACGUGCCAGCGUCCCCGCACAGCACGGCGGCCAUCACCAGUUCCGUGCAAGGCAUCUCCCUCUCCACACCCAACCUCACCACGCAGGCCGCGCUCGACAACGCCAUAGCGUCCCUCAUGAGUCCGACGCCGACGUCCGGCGUGCAAGUGAUCUCCAGCGGCGUCUCGAACGUGCAGACUGUGCCGCAAGGGAACCUGAGCAAUACGCUGCUCAAGAGCGUCACGCUUGUCAAGAGGAGCGUCGGAGACAAUGCUACAGGUCCAUUGACACUAUCCGUGGACGCAUCGGGCAACCUGCUGCUGAAAGCGAGUCAGGCCGGCGAAGCGCCUUCGGAGCCACAGUUACACUACGUCCAACUGCAGAGGCUCUAUGUGCCCUCCUUCAAUACCGAAGUCGAACCGCCCAAGAGUCAAAGCCAAAUUGUCCAAGGCCCGGGCCCGGGCCAGUCUGUGAUUGUCUCUCAGAGUAACACCCAACCCACGCAGAAACCUAAUGCGCAAUGGGAGAGCGGCGGCGAGGAGGCGCGGCCCUUCCCGCUCGCGCCCACGCCGGCGCAGCUCGGCCGCGCGCCGCUGCAGAAGCGGCUCAGCAGAGGCACGUCGACGGGGUCCGCGGGCUCGGCGGACGCGGGCUCGGCGCCGGCGUCGCCGCGCGAGGACAAGAAGAGCCUCUUCAAGAAGGGCACCGAGGACGGCCGCGACAAGGUCCUAGAGACGGUAAACUUCGAGCAGAAGUUCAGUACGCUCCCGCAGUUCAAGCCCGAGGCCUGCAGCCCCAGCGUGGUGGUCCCGAGCAGCCCGCAACUGUAUCUUAGGAAGAAGCACAACAGAAUGGAUGAGGAAGUGCCAACAAUGACGCCGGUACUAGAGCCUGAACCAUUACCGAGCGGUGCCAUGCCGACGCCACACUCUUAUGGAACCCCACACACUACGACCAAGUUGGUCGGGAAUACCUUCUUCGGACCUGACUUCAACUUGGACACCUUUAGAGUAUCAGAGAGCAUGGAGGAAAUGUCUCCACGCACGCCCUGCACACCUGGCGGGGCCCGAGGGGAGGCCGGGCACAGACGGGUCCUCGAGCAACGUCGGCACCUCGUGCUCAAGCUGUUCCAGGAGCACGGCAUGUUCCCCACCACGCAGGCCACCACGCACUUCCAGGCGACGCACAUGGACAUAUUUCCAAACAAGAUGUCGCUGCAGCUAAAGAUCCGCGAGGUGCGGCAGAAGCUCAUGGCGCAGUCCAACCUCACCCCGCACUCCGACAUCAACACACCUACCAUUUUGUUUCCACAGACGUGAACUCGCCAAUGUCGGCGCUGCAGCCAACGUCCACGGCCAGUUAGCGCUGCGGGCUCACCGUCUCCAUCGUGGUUCGCGAGUGAUUGCCACGGCGGUUAGACACCACACCCAUACACCUGCGAACAUUGUCAACACCCGCUAGUGUUGAACUCGCGUCGGCGCUGCAGUCUCAUGUCCACGGCCAGUUAACGCUGCGGGCUCAUCUUCAUUGUGGUCCGCGAGUUUGCACGCCGGUUAGCGACACCGCACCCAUGCGCCUGCGAACAUUGUUAACACCCGCUAGUGAUGAACUCGCGUCGGCGCUGCAGUCUCACGUCCACGGCCAGUUAACGCUGCGGCCUCACCGUCUCCAUCGUGGUGCGAGAGUGAUUACCACGGCGGUUAGACACCACACCCAUACACCUGCGAACAUUGUCAACACACCCGCUAAUUGUAGACGUAUGUACAGUGUUGUAUCGCCAACUAAUCUAGGCGUGAGUAAAGACUGCGAGACUUUUCAGAGUAUAAUAAUUCUCAAGUGCUCUCCCUGGUACGCUACUGCACAUGUACAGCGAGCUGCGAAUUCGCUUAGAAACGUUAUGAAUGGAAUUCAUUCAUUAACCAUAAACUUUUAUACAAAUGUGCAAUCAGAAAAUUACUAAACAGCUCUCUGAAUUUUUACUGGAAAUAAUCGUUAAAGAGAGAUUCCAUUUUGGUAAUGAGAAAUUUCAGUUCUCAUGCGAAAUCGUCGAAAGAAUCCGAUUUAGGAUGCUUUCUGUCAGCGGAACAUAAUUAUGAUCUGAGGUUUCACCAUGUAACGUGAAUACUAGGCUUGAAACUAUUGCUCGAGCUAGCCAAUAAAUACACACUGAGAUAAUUUUACCGUACAAGUUAUGUGCUACCAUUAAGAG